CGAAAGGACGUACGCGGAUCACGUCUCGUAGUUUUUUGCAGCAGGUGGUGUACGUGUGUCUUGUGUAACGGGUGUGUGAGUAGUGUGCCCCAAAAAGUGCAUCCUCCCCUGGCUCGCAUAACGUGUCAUCAAACGGCAGAUACUAGUGUUUCACCUGUGUGUGCGUGGUCGUGCUUGUUGCCACGAAACAAUGCAUUUUGGCCGCGUGUCGCAAUCACCCCGGGCACGACCGUGUCGCUUCCAUAUGGCAGCAUCUUCCACCUCCACGGAAAACAACAGUAACAGCAGCAGAGCUAGUCACAGCAGCAGAAAAAGCACACAACAACUAACAAUGAGUGGCUGGUUGUUGGUGGUACUGGUGGGGUGUCUAACGGGUGGAGUUCCUCCGGCCAGCGGACUGCCACCGGUCGGGGAAGGUGGUGAAAAUUAUCCGGUUGGACGAUUCCCAUUCCUAAUGCCAAAAGUCGUCCCAUACAAGCCCGAGCUCUACCUCUGCACACCGGUGAAGGUGGACUACACGAAGAGCUACUACAUCGUUGGGUUCGAACCGAACGCCACGAUGGCCACCGCGCACCAUAUGCUUCUGUACGGCUGCGGAGAGCCCGGCUCAGAAUCGGCCGUAUGGAACUGCGGAGAGAUGGCAGGUGGGAGCGAGGAAAGCGGCAGCCCAUGUGGAAGUGGUGCUCCAUCGCAGAUUAUCUACGCCUGGGCACGGGACGCCCCGAAGCUGGAGCUACCGGAAGGGGUCGGCUUUAAGGUUGGCAAGGAUUCACCGAUCAAGUACAUCGUGCUUCAGGUUCACUACGCGCAUAUCGACAAAUUUAAAGAUGGAACGACGUAUGACGAUUCGGGCAUAUUCAUACACUACACGACGAAGGUGCUGUCGAAACAGGCCGGUGUGCUGCUGCUCGGAACUGCCGGUUACAUUCCCCCGCAAACCACCGAGCACAUGGAGACGCUGUGCGACAUCCAGGAGGACAAGGUAAUCCAUCCGUUCGCCUACCGGACGCACACGCACAGCCUCGGUCGGGUCGUGUCGGGCUAUCGGAUCCGCAAGGAUGAAGCGGGCGACGACCACUGGACGCUGCUCGGCAAACGCGACCCACUGACGCCGCAAAUGUUCUACCCGGUCGAGAGCCGCGAUCCAAUUCGACGGAACGACCGACUCGCGGCUCGCUGCACCAUGCAAAGCAACCGCACACGGAUCACCAAGAUCGGGGCCACCAACGAGGACGAAAUGUGCAAUUUCUAUCUGAUGUACUACGUGGAGAACGACGAACCGCUGCAGAUGAAGUACUGCUUCAGCAACGGGCCACCACUGUUCCACUGGACCAACCGCGAGACGGAACUGAACCACAUUCCCGACUACGACGCCAGUCAUCUGUAGAGCGUUUCGUCGUCUGUAGAGUGACUUGUCGGAAAGCGUGCAACACCUUGCGCUCCGACUCACAAACGCACACGGACAUCCUUUCGUUUGAUUCUCGUGCAGCAGACUCUUUCAUCGUUUGCCUGCAAUGGGACGACCGAUGAAGCUAAUGAUGAAGGACGCAGAACGACUGUAAGAGCUGACAGGAAUGGGACGAUUUUGGAGCAUGAAUUUCCAUAUCACAAAUUUUAACGGACGCGCGGAAGGAAGGAACGUUUGCGGGCAACAACAUAUGCGUACUAUCCCCAUUAUCCACACUUAGCCGACCUACGGACAUCGAGACUUGGUUGAUUAGGACAUAGUUUGCUUUUCGAUCAGUUUUAAUCGUCAGGAUGAUGCUCUGGAGGGUGGUCAAGUAAAUAGUUUUCCCAGGUAGUGAAACGGAAUGAUUUCAUACUAGUCAGGUUCGAGUUAUUAAUUGUGCGCCUCUGCUGCUAGAUGGUUUUAUUUCUUGUUGGUUCCGUUUCCUGUUGUCGUUCACGUGCAUUUAUGUUCUUUGUUUUAUAGAAAAACCUACAAGAAAACUUAUGCUAAUGGGGGGUGAAGGGAAGAUGGGAGUUGAAAGACAGAAAGAUAAUCAAUAAGAAGCGUCGUGACUUCCAAGGAAACUGAUGGUACAAGUGUGCGUGUGUAUGUGUGUGAGUGUGUAUGUGUGUGUGUAUGUGUGGUGUUGAGAUGAGCGAGGAUACUUAAAAAGUAUAUGUUGAACCGAUGGCACCGUUGUCUAACUAGCGAAAUGGGAUUUGUUAGCUUAUGUCGUAAAAGGUUUCCGUUUAUUGCCUUUUUAACAGAACUAUUCUUAUCCGUAUGAAUGUUGUUGUCAAAAUGUGAUUGAAAGUAUAUAAUGAAACGAAAGGCUUAAGAAAGAUGUGAAAUGAGAGUCUCAUAGCGAGAGGAAACACUGCAUAGCAGAGAGCAGGUCUUCUAGCCCCAGGACGUAUAGAUCUUAUAACAUAGUCAAAAAUGUGUGUGUUUUUUUAGCCGAAGAUGAAAAGGUUUUGUUUUAUGACAAAUGCUUUUAAAUAUAAUAACUGAUUUCCUAUGUUAGCAGAACUUGAAUACCUCCCUCGAAUGCACUGUAAAGAGCAGCACAAGCAGUACACUUGACAGUGUUAAUCGUUGCAUUUAAUGAAAUGUUUUAUUGCUUUCUCUAUAGCGUCAACCAGUGUUGAAACAUAUACUUAACCCGUAAAUGGUAUUUACCAGGACAUGAAGGGCAUCUCUAUGUUUGGCUUAUGUUUUCGUACGAAUCUAUCAGUGGCAGCACAAUUACCGGAAUCUUUUCACUUGUAGAUAACACAAAAUUAAACUAAGCAGUGGGGCAGCACGUGGUAGGCACGUGGUAAUGCAAACAACAUAUAAUAUCUGGAAAAAGUAUUCUCAAGUAAUGGUAGAAAACAGAAUUUAUAUAUGGAACCUUGAAACCAUCACUCUUAAGAUUAAACAAAAAAGUAAAGACAGUAUAUAUUGACGAAACAAACACACACACAUGCAACUUAAAGACUUUCUUAGAGGAGGAUGAUCGCACGAUCGUUAGAUAAAAAAGGAAAUGGGAAGUGGUUGGCUCUAAGCGCGAUCGAAAACUAUGGAUAGCACAUUCCUUUGGUGUUUAAUUUAAACAUUUAAAACAAAACAUGAGAUAUAAAUCGUCGUACAACUGUAGACCAUAUGCGGCACGUGGCAAAUGUGCGUGAACACGUGGAAUAGAACAUGAUAGUGAGAUAUGCAUAGCUACAUGCCCAUAGCACACACAAAAAAAAACAUAUUAUAUAUACACACAUUCACGUACCGAAGCAUACAAAAUCGCAAAAA